AUGACCUCGAUCGUAUCGCUGCCCAUGCGCCGAUUCCUCCGCUCCUCGCCGUUAGAUCAGCUCGCGCCGCGCUCCUAUAAGAAUUCGUCGUCACCCUCCUCGAUGGCAACACCAGAUCGCGUCAGUCUAAGCAGCGGCUCGUCGCUCAUUGGCCAGUCGCUCGGCACAGUCGACUCCCCCAGUGGCUCCCCGCGUCGCUCUUUCAGCGCCGAGCGCCCGCCAGUCGCGUCGCGCCACGGGCAGGCGUCGCCCGCGCGGGCGCGCGCCGUGCUACAGUCGCAGUCGGACAGCGAGGGAGGAGCGAACGGGAACGGGACAGGUGUCCCGCUGCGAGUGGCGUACCAGGGCGUGCCGGGCGCGUACAGCGAGAUGGCGGCGAUGCGCGUGUACCCGGGGUGCUCCCCCGUGCCCUGCGACCAGUUCGACGACGCCUUCAAAGCGGUGGAGCAGUGGCUGGUGGGGCGCGCGGUGCUGCCGAUAGAGAACAGCCUGGGGGGGUCGAUCCACCGCAACUACGACCUGCUGCUGCGGCACCGCCUGCACAUCGUGGGCGAGGUGCACCUGCCCGUGCACCACUGCCUGCUCGCGCUGCCCGGCACGCACACCACCCAGCUCACGCGUGUGCUCUCACAUCCCCAGGCGUUGGCGCAGUGCGAGGCGACACUGAAUGGGUUGGGAGUGGUGCAGGAAGCCGUCUACGACACGGCUGGGGCUGCUCAGAUGGUGGCGAAUCAGAAGAUGGAGGGCGUGGGGGCAGUGGCGAGCACGCGGGCGGCGGAGAUCUACGGCCUUGAGAUCCUGGCGGAGGGCAUUCAGGACGAGGCGGACAACUUCACGCGCUUCCUGGCGCUGGCGAGGGACCCCGUGCUGCCCUCCACCGACCGCCCCUUCAAGACGAGCAUAGUGUUCACAUUGGAGAAGGGCGCGGGAGUGCUCUUCAAGGCGCUCUCCGUCUUCGCCCUCCGCGACAUCAACCUUACUAAGAUAGAGUCGCGGCCGCACAGGGACAAGCCGCUCUAUGUGGACUGGUUGGAUCGCUCCUCUCUCGCUGCGCCCGCCAUGCCCCUCUCAGACACCCCUGCCGCCGCCUCUCAAGACAGCAGCGCCAUGGCGUACCAGUCGUUCGACUACCUGUUCUACAUCGACUUCCAGGCAUCCCUCGCCGAGCCCCGCGUGCAGAACGCCAUGCGCCACCUCCAGGUCUGCCCUGCCUCCUCCUGCGCCUCACGCUAUCCCUCCUGGCCUCCUCUCCCUCUCCUCAUUUCCGCCUUCUACCCCAUGGACGUCAACCCCAUGGACGUCAACCCCAUGGACAUCAACCCCAUGGACGUCAACCCCAUGGACGUCAACCCCAUGGACGUCAACCCCAUGGACGUCAACCCCAUGGACGUCAACCCCAUGGACGUCAACCCCAUGGACGUCAACCCCAUGGACUACUCCCCUCCGCCCCACCCUCCAGCCUCUGAGGAAGCUCGAGCUGCCUCAGGCCAGACGUGGCUGUUGAUCCCGCUCACUGCACUCACUCUGCGCCCUGCUCACGUGUGUGUCCCCCCCCCCACCCCAUCAGGAGAUGGCGCCAUUCCUGCGAGUGCUGGGCAGCUACCCCAUGGACGUCAACCCCAUGGAGCCCCCCUCCUCCUCCACACCCUCACCACCCGCCACCCUCUGAGCGAGCUCGCGCUGCCCACACGCCAGGCCUGGCUGGUGAUCUCGCUCCCAUGCCGCGUGCUGCCAUGCCGCAUACUGGCAGGCACACACACAGGGUGCAAGCACGGGGGCGUGCCAUGCUUGUCCCACCACUGCCAGCAGUCUUCCCUAUCAUGCCGAGUGCAUGCUUGUACGAGCACCACUUGUCACACGUACACUCUUGCCUUAGUCGUGUCUCACAGUGCUGAGUGGCGCUGA